AUGGAUCCUCUGGCCAAAUACCUCAGCCUCAUCUCAGUAGUGCUAUGCAUUGCCGCCGUCAUUCUCUCUGCAAUUUCCUGGGCCAGAAUCGUCCACCUCAGCCUUCCAUGCCCCCUGACACUCCCUGUGCUGAGCACACUCACGACUCUUGUCGGACCCGUCAUCAUGGCCUUCGCUGUGAGGACGAGGAAGAGAACACUGACGCUCGUUGCGCCCUAUCUUCGCUACUUCCUCCCCUUUCUCCCCUUUGCUCUCUUCAUCCUCUCCCUCAUCUACGCAGUCCCCUCCGAUCUUCUGUCCUGCAGCAUCGAAAGCCAAUGGGUCAGCCUGUUUCGGGCCAAGAAUGAGGAUGCCGUGCGUGGGAUAGAGAACGCCCUCCGGUGUUGCGGAUUCAAUUCGUUGCAUGAUCGGGCGUGGCCGUUUCCUAGUCACGACGUCGACGUUACCGCCUGCGAGAGGACUCUAGGAUAUACGCGGCGAUGUGUGGACCCAUGGCGGAAUCAAGAGCAGGUUGCUGCGGGACUACUCGCCCUGGCCAGUCUGUUCAACUGGAUCCUUCUGCAUCUCGUGGAUGCGGCAGCGCAGCCGAGUCCAUCUAGGCGAUUUCCUACCGCUUCUGAUGUCCGCCCUGAGCAGACUAGACUGCUCCGUGAAGCUGAGGAGGACCAAGAACAGAGUGGAACAGGGAACAACCAUGCUUCUUACUCCGACCAUAGCCGCACAAAUUGA